AUGUCUUCCAUCGGCGACGACAAGAUGGGCCACGACGUCGCUCUUCGCCAACUUGGCUCCUCGUCCACCUCCUCCAUCACCCAUGCCGCCGAUGCCUCGCGCAACCGGACAGACGUUGAUGCCGCCUGGAAGUUCCUCAACGAUCACCGCCAUGCCGAGGGUGUUUCCGCCGUCGACCUCGCCGCCCUGCGCCGCAAGAUCGACUGGCAUAUUGUGCCCCUGAUGUUUUGCUGCUACACCAUGCAGUUUCUCGACAAGGUCAUCCUCAACUAUGCCGCCGUCAUGGGCAUCAACAAAGACCUCAACCUCAAGGGCAAUGACUUUUCAAACAUCGCCACCUUUCUCUUUGUCGGCCUCCUGUGUUUCGAGGUCCCCAACAUCUACUUCCUCCAGAAACUCCCCGCCGCAAAGUGGCUCGGCUUCAACGUCACCUUUUGGGGCAUCGCCACGGCCUGCGGUGCCGCCGCCACCAGCUACCAGACCCUCCUCGUCUCCCGCAUCUUCCUCGGCAUCUUCGAGGCCACCAUCGGCCCCUCCCUCAUGCUCAUCAGCAGCCAGUGGUACACAAAGUCGGAGCAGGCCCCGCGCUUCUCCUUCUGGUACCUCGGCCUCGGCCUCGGCCAGAUCAUUGGCGGCGCCGUCUCCUACGCCUUCCAGCACGUCGCCCCCGGCGCCGCCCUCGCCGGCUGGCGCACCAUGUUCGUCGUCCUCGGCUGCCUUACCGUCGUCUUCGGCAUCGCCACCUUCCUCUUCCUCCCCGACACUCCCAUGAAGGCCCCCUGGCUCUCCGACACGGAAAAGGUGGCCCUCCUCAAGCACGUCAGCGUCAACCAGACGGGCAUCGACACGCGCAAGUUCCGCGCAAGCGAGGUUCUCGAGGCCGUCUGCGACCCCCAAAUCUGGCUCCUCAUCGUCUCCGUCAUUCUCCUCUCCGUCUCCAGCGGCGUCGUCACCACCUACUCGUCUACCCUCAUCAAGAACCUCGGCUACCAGCCCAAGCAGGCCGCCCUCAUGAACAUGCCCUCGGGCAUCGUCAGCAUCUUCUUCACUCUCCUCGUCGGCUUUGGUAUCCGGAAGCAGUCCCACCGCUGGGCAUGGAUCCUUGUCUGCAUCGUUCCUGCCAUCACCGGCGGAGCUCUCAUGUCGUUCCUAAACCCCCACACCAACCGGUCCGGCGUCCUGGCUGGCAUCUACCUCGUCAACGCCGUCGUCGCCCCUCUGACCAUUUUCUACAACUGGACCGUCGCCAACUGCGCCGGAGGCACGAAGCGCGCCUUUGCCUCGGCCCUCGUCAGCGGCUCCUUUUCCCUUGGCAACAUCAUCGGCCCCCAGACCUUCCAGGCCAGGGACGCCCCCGAGUUCCGCCCGGCCAAGCUGGCCGUCAUGGGCACCCAGGCCGGCUGCGCCGUCACCACCAUUGCCCUCUUCCUCUACUACGUCUGGGCCAACAAGCAGCGCAACGACCGCAGCAGACAGCAGGAGGAGUCCUUCAUGUCUCCCGAUGUCUGGACGGCCAUGACCGACAAGGAGAACAAGCAGUUCCGGUACACGUACUGA